AUGGCUGUAGCUCAGAAAACUCGGUCCACGGUGCAGAGGAAUGGGUCUCAGGUGAUGCAGAAGCAAAACUUGCUCAACGCUGUUGUCACCCCACAGCAAGUACACCAGGUCAUCCAGUCUGCCCUGCAGAUGGUUAUUGGGGACCUCGCUUACUCCCGCAAGGAAGGUGACCAGAUUAUGGCUUACGUGGUUCGAGAUUGGGGCCUGUCCUGUGCUGAUUUUCAGGUGGACGGCGUGAUGCCAGCGAUUGUGCAGCAGUUCUUGAAGACUCUGACAAUCUUCGUCUUCCUGGACCCAAACAACUCCGAUCGCAUCAUCGAGUCCUACAAGAUUGAGUUUGAGUACGAGGGGACCGCAAUAAUGGCGUCCUUUGGCAGCUCUGACGUUCCAUCGUCCUCUUCAACUGCUGCGUUCACCGCUAGGUCGCCCAUGGCUGUUCGGGAGCUUCGCAGCAAGUACCUCGAAAUCAAGCUUGACUUCAAUGAUAAGGCUUCUUCAGACUAUCGUCUGCCGAAUUUCGCACCCUACACCCGCGAGUUAUGGAUGCGGACUCCCAAUCACCAGGUUCCCUUGAACAUCGCCUGCGGCCGAAUGAACACAGCCGCAAAGGAGACAGCUCUAAGCUUUGGACUCGCCAUUCAGUCAGUCGCCAAUUACUUGCACGUCGGCGAAGAGAUUUCCGACGAGCCCGUCUCCCAGCCUUGUGACGGACAGCUCAAGCAUGAGGCGCACACUGUUGACUGGCUACUACGUAACAUCCCCGACGUCGGUCCGGUAGCAACCUAUCCCUUUGGUCCACAAGAAAUCGGCGUCGCCGAUCUCCCUGGCGUCCGCGGUAUUUUUGGUCGCUUCGAGGAGCGUAUUGGACCUUGGGACAAGUUUGAGAUGCUUGAGGAAGAGACCUUGGUGACGGGAUCCCAAGACUAUUUAGAGUCUCACGAGACGCUUCCCAGAGUCAAACCCACCCUCUACCCACCCGAAGUUAUUCUCACCUAUCCCGUUGGCAAUCUACUCGCCCAGCUUCAAGCUCCUCCAGUUCUCCCUGAUGCACCUCUCGUCUCCAGCAAGCCGGUCCCUCUUCGCCAGGCCGCCGAGACCAAGAAGACUCACAUCGCCAAGAAGGCUGGCUCCCGCCAGCCCGGAGUUACGUCUCCCCAACCCAAGCCCAAGCCCAAGACACAGUCCUUGCGUGAACGUGAGAUCAAGAAGCAGACGGAGCUUCUCAAGGACAAGCAGAAGCAGGUUCACACGCCGAAGUCCAACGCAGCCUCAGCUGUUAAGACGGCUGGCCCAGCCCCGCCAACGCUCGCCAAGUCAACGGCUCCUCUCUUUGGCGCUCUGAACCUCUUACACUGCGACGCCGUCAUGAACCGGGCGUAG